AUGGAUGCGCAGCGAAAGCAACCAGACAAGCUUGAGAGUGACAUGUUCAACAUCGCUGAGAACAGCUGGAGGGCGUCCUUUCGGAGGAAGAAACUCAUCAGAGACUUGCAGGGCCUUGAAAACCCGGAACCUCUGCACCCCGAGGAGAAGCAUGAUCCGAGCAAGGGGCUGAUUGGAAAUCAGCCUAGAGUGGAGGGAGAACAUCGGAUCGACUUGUUUAGCAAGAAUCUCAACGAGGUGCCAGAUGGCAUUCUGAUGCGGAACUCCAACAUUCAAGUGCUCGACAUGAGGUCCAACGACAUUCAAGCCUUGCCGGACAAAUUCUGCACGCGGCUGCUCAGACUGGUCGAAUGCAAUUUGAGCUACAACAAACUCACAUCGCUGCCGAUGUCGCUGGGCAAUCUAACCAACUUGAGGAAGUUGUCUGUAGGAUCGAAUCGUCUCCGAGGACUCCCAGCGAGCAUCGGGCACCUUUGCAGGCUCAACACCCUCAACAUCGAGAAGAAUCACAUCUCCACGUUGCCUUGCACCAUGUGCUACCUGUCAUCGUUACAAGCACUACUUCUGCGAGGAAAUCCUCCGUUUCUCUUCCCUCCUCAAGAGGUGGUGGACGCUGGGCUUGAGGAGAUCCGAUCGACCUUGGCGGUCACCCUCGACAACGUCAAGAGAGCUCGAUCCAAGUUCUGGGACGAGCUGCGACGGAUGCACAUGACGGUCCCCGAUGUCAUAGCGAGUUUGCCGCAGACAGACCAACAGGCGAUGGUGAACAAGCGAGAUUUCAUAUCUACCAUCUCUGCGAUCCAACUCAAGAUGUCGAUGCAAGAGACAGAGGCCCUUUGGUUCAUGGCAGAUGCAUUUGGUGAGGGGAAGGUCCUGACCAGCGACCUGCUCUUCGUCCUCAAGAUUCCCAUCCAGCUACUCAACCAAAUCCCGGCCCUACGACGACGUAGCGGAUCUUUGGCCUCGAUUGCCACGGACAAAGCAGAGGAUUGA